AGAGAAGAAGAUUUGAACUAUUUUAAUUUUAUCCGUUAAAACUGGUCUGUGGUUAAAGCACACAUAUGUAGACAAGUAAAUUUAAAACUCCCUUGACUUUAUUUAUCUUUUAUCCAUGUUUAACCAUUUUCUACAUGCCAAUGGACUCGCAGAAGGAACAUAUACAGGUAUCGGUGAGAAGCAGGCCCCUGUUGAGCGAAACAUCUUCGCUGCAACUCAUCAGUAAAGAUCCCCCCGUUCUGCUGUUACCAGAGCGGUCACAGACCUACCAAUUCGACAAUGUUUUUCUGGAAGACGCCGAUCAGCAAAAGGUAUACAAUGAUGCUGUCAGGCCUUUGGUGAAUUUAGUAAAAUUGGGGUACAAUUGCACUGUGUUUGCGUAUGGGCAGACUGGAACUGGAAAAACCUAUACAAUGGGGUCGGGAUCCCAAUUUCAAACAGGAAUAAUCCCCCGGGCAUUGGAUCAACUACUCAAUGAAGAAUAUUUGAACAACUGUAAAAAUGAAAUCGACGUGCGAAUUUCUUUUUUGGAAAUUUAUAAUGAGAAGGUCUUUGAUUUGUUGAAAAGUGAUUGCAAAUCUCCCCUGCCAGUUUCAGGUUUUACGGUGCCCGGUCUUAGUACGAAGAAUGUUAAAACCGCCCCUCAAGCUAGCGAAUGGCUGCAAUUGGGCAAUAAAAACAGGCACACGGGGGAGACUAGGCAAAACUCCAAUAGCUCUAGAUCUCAUGCCGUAUUUACUAUUUACAUCUCUACAAAAACCAGCUCCGAAGAUGUUUUCGGUAAACUGAACCUAGUAGAUCUGGCAGGUUCCGAAAGCGUUAAAAAGACCGGCAGUAAGGGCGGUACCUUCCAAGAAGGAAUCAACAUCAACAAAGGCCUUCUUUGCAUCGGCCAGGUUAUUUCUGCGUUGUCCGCCAGGUCCUCCUAUAUCCCAUAUAGAGAAUCAACGAUUACCAGCAUCCUCAAAGAAUCUUUAAAUAUUGAUAAUUACAUCUCGCUAAUAGCGUGCGUUAGUGCUGACCCAGAAGAUAUUACCGAAACCCUGCAAACUCUGGAUUUUGCCCAAAGAACUAAAAGAAUUCGUUGCAAUCCUGAAGUAGUUGCUAAAUUUAAGAAGGAUAAUCCUGAGCGUCUUAUCCAGGGCAGGACUCCUAUGAGUCUUAUCCAGGGCAGGACUCCUAUGAAGAGAUGGAAAACGCCGCUGAAGACCCCUAUAAGUAGAAGCCUCGGAAUGACGUUGCUUCCUCUGAUUAAUGAACGAGAUAGUGAGAUUAGCCAUGCUGAGGUAUCGCUUUCAAUCGAUUUAUCUGCUAAGAAGACCGCGAUUACAGAUGUACAGCAAAUGUUAAGUCCGAUGGUAAAGAAGCAUAUGGUUAGGACCGAAGCGCUAAUUUUGGAACGUAUAGCGAAUUUAGAGUCAGUUAUACAGAAUACACUUAGGCGGCCAACAAGGCGUUCUUCAAGACUAAUGUCUGCUGAGAGCUUGAAAGAGGAAAACACUCCAAAAAUAACUUGGGGUAAAAUACAAGAUACAGUGACCAAAAUGGUCUACAGAGAAGUAGCUCAAUUGAUGCAGAAGCCAGCAAGGGCGGCAAGCAGCCCAAUUGACGACAACCAUAACACAUUUCCCAAUAAAAUAUUGUUUAGAGAUGAAAGCUUAGACUCGCCAGCUAUAGAGAACCCACUUCAUGAUUUAGCCCAAAAAGACUUUUCUUUCAAAAUUCCCUUAAAACCAGCACCACAAGUAAAAACGCAAAACGAUAUAUCCAGAAAUUCAGUAAGAAGAAGCAGUCGAUUAGCUUUAAAGCAUCAAGCCAACCAAUCAGUUGAUUUAAUGAAAUCCGACUGGUGGUUUGAUUCCGUUAUAACAAGUUCAAAACGUAAAAAAACUGAAGAUGACGCGAUGACAGAGGUGAUGCAGAAUACGCCAAUCUUCAACAACGGCAAUGACCAUAAAACGAACACGGGAACUCGACGAAAAUCGAUGAGACUCAAGGCUCAGAAAUGUAAUGAAAAAUAUCUAAACACACCUCAGGCAAAUCGCGGGUCGAAAAAUCCUAGAAGCAUAGAAAGUCCGCACACGUCGCAUUCAAAAAUGGUGUUAAAGUUGCUCAACCACGGAACCCAAAAGAGCUUGGUGGAGAAACUGCAAUCCGUUGGGCUGAAGACUGCAGAGCAAAUUCUGACGUUUAGAGUGUUGCGUGGCGGUUUUAGUAAAAUUGAUGAUCUUCUCAAAAUGCCUGACUGGGGACCACAGAAGUAUGAGCGAUUUUUGAGGCUAAACUUUUUAAAGAAAACCUAAUACAAAUUUAUUUUACGCUUACCAGAUACCAAAUAUAAGUACAUUGUUUGAUUGAUAUGUCAAUAUAUAAGUAAUAUGUCUGUA